AUGCGUCUACUCCAUACAAAAGAGCUGGACACUGGGGGGUUUGAGCUAAAAGAAUUCGGCCAAGAAAAUGUCCCGCCCUACGCCAUUCUGUCGCACACUUGGGGUGAAGAAGAAGUCACCUUUCAAGACAUGACUCUUGGUCGCUUUGCAAACAAGAAAGGCUACGACAAGAUCAAAGGCUGUUGUAUCCUGGCAAGGGCUAACGGAUACGACUAUGCCUGGGUAGACACCUGUUGCAUCGACAAGACAAGCAGUGCUGAGCUGUCUGAGGCAAUCAACUCCAUGUACCAGUGGUACGUUGAAGCCGAUGUCUGCUAUGGCUUUCUUGCAGACGUGCCGUCCAAGGUUGCUUUUUCGGAGAGCAGGUGGUUUACCAGAGGGUGGACGCUUCAAGAAUUGAUUGCACCAGAGACGAUGAUCUUCUUAGAUGAAGCAUGGAACGAGUUGGGUACCAGAGAAAGCCUGAAACAAGAAAUCUCCAAGCGCACCGGCAUACCUAUGAGCGUUCUCUCUGGUUCCAGUCUCGGGAGUGUAAGUGUUGCGCAAAAAAUGUCAUGGGCCUCUUCAAGGCAAACAUCACGGUCUGAAGACCGAGCCUACUGUCUGAUGGGCAUAUUUGGCAUCAACAUGCCAUUAUUAUAUGGCGAGGGGGACAGGGCCUUUAUGAGGCUCCAAGAGGAGAUCAUGAAGGUGACGGACGACGACAGCAUUUUCGCCUGGAGAUCCAAAACCCAGCGCCACUCAUCGCUAUUGGCUACAUCUCCAGAUGCGUUUGAGCACUCCGGCAACAUUGUCCGUAGGCGCACUGGCUGGCUUCCAGACAGCAGAUCUUGGACAGUCAGUAACAAGGGUAUUCGCCUAGAGCUAUCUUAUAUGGGAGUAGGACACCAAGGACUGGGACUUGCCAUACUGCAUUGCGCAGAACGCAACAGAAAGAGACACGACUUUAUUGCGAUAUACCUCAAAGAUGUAUCCCUUACCAUGGAGAACUUUGAGAGAGUCUGGUGCGAACGGUACGAGUUGUUUGAUCCCAUGCCUUUUCGACCAAGUCAACGCCCUCAAAGAUGGAUAAACGUUCGGCAACACCGUCCAGUAACAACGCGAAUGCGAAAUCGUCACCAGAUAGGAAGCGCAAGUAUUGCCGCGCCGGGGCAACCCCCGCCGAACCCUCGUGAUGACCCUGAUUGGGUGAAUUGGAAUUCUGGAGAGCAGCCUUCGCUCCUCGACAUGGCAAAGGCAGGGCGCGUGUUGGAGACGCAAUGGCUACUUGCAGAGCGUUCCACCAAGCCCGAUCAGAAGGAUAGGAGUGGACGAACUGCUCUGUCAUAUGCAGCGGCUAAUGGGCAUGCCAAGAUUGUAUGGCUGCUCCUAAUGCGGCGUGAUGUCAAGCCAGAUGAGAAGGAUUCAGGCGGACGAACGCCUCUGUCUCAUGCGGCUAAAGAGGGUCAUGCUGAAGUUGUCUGGCUCCUCUUGACCCGAGGGGAUAUCGAUAUCCACUCAAAGGAUAAUAAAGGCCAGACACCACUAUUCCAUGCAGCGGCAAACGGGCGCAAAACCAUCAUAUCAAUGUUGUUGGCUCGCGGAGAGUCCCAGCAUCACUUGAGAGACGAUUCCGGGAGGACGCCGCUCUCGUAUGCGUCAGAAGGGGGACACGAAGCCGCUGUAGAGAUGUUCCUCGACCGAAGCGAUAUGGACGCAGAUGCAAGAGACGAUCAGGGACUAACUCCUCUCGCCUAUGCCGCCUUUAACGGACACUAUUCGGUCACCAUCAUGUUGAUUGAGCAGGGAGCCGAUAUCGACUCACAGGAUAAUCAUCGUCAGACGCCGCUGUGGUUAGCAACUCAGAAGGGCCAUGAGAGGAUUGUCGAUUUACUCCUCAAUAACGGGGCCAAUAUGGAGAUUAAGGGCUACGAUGGUAGCACGCCGCUUUUAUCUGCAGUUUGUCUAGGGCGGGAUGACAUUAUGCAGCUGCUCAUCGACAAAGGCGCAGAUUUAAAUACGACGAAUGAAUACGGCGAAACACCGCUCAUUAGGGCCAUCAGAGAUGAACAUGCGGCUAUGGCCAAAAUAUUGAUUGAAAAGGGUGCCAAAGUCGAUGUGAAAGACAAGUACCACACAACUGCGCUGCAGUAUGCAUCUGAGAAGGGAUACCAUGACAUUGUUCAACUGCUAGGCCACAACGGUGCUUAA